AUGAAUGUUGCUGUGAUUCAACCUCCAAGUGAAUCUGCGCUACGCAACAGCACCAGGCAACGCCUAAUUCUUAGCCCCAACGAACAAGAGAACCCAUUUAUAGCAAUUCGCCGCUAUGCUGAUGAGCAAUUCUCAGCAUUACUGCAAUCUUUUAUAGGACUUCCAUCUGUGUUUUCACCUCCCUCUCCAAGGGAUUGGUUGUAUUUCCAAGGAGGCGAUCCCGCAAUAAGAUUCCAUCGUCACAGAUUCCAAACACAAGAAACUGGCGUUGAUACUCAGGACUCACAGUCAAGGAUCGGCUCACGUCAGAGCUCCGAGAAGUGCGCCUGUGGGCGUGAUGAUACCGUGAAAUCGUCGCGCUCUGAUGGGGAUGGCAUGUUUGAUCAGCGGUGGUUAGAAAGCCGACGACAUUUUGAGCACCAAUUUCCGUCUUCGAUUUUUGAAUCGCCGUUGGAGAACUUGUGGCCCUUUGACCCGUUGCAUUUCUUCUCGUUUCUACCCCGUCCUAGCUUCCCUUAUUCCUUCGACUUCCUCGGCUCUCCAAGCUCUCCGGGAUGGCCCAUCUCGUACCUUCUUUUUUCACCGUAUUCUCCACUCCACCUCGAACGUCAACAAAAUAUAAGAUGCAAGCCACAUGAGAAUCCAAUUUCUUCACUGCGCCCUGCCUUAGUACCCUUUCAUGAUGCCCAGGAGCCUGAGACCCCACGUUGGCGAGAGGCUUUUGAAGAUCUGUUGCGCGUCGAAAAUGGUCAAGAUAUGUUAAAUGGUGACGUAGGUGCGGUGGCCCGAAAAGAACAGCCAAAGGAUUGGGUAUCCGGUAUGAUCAGCAGGGGCAGCCUUGGUCCGCAUUGGACGCAUGUCAAAAACGGACGAAUCGACUAUUUCAACUACACAUACAAGCAGUCCACUGAUGAAGCAGAUAAAUGGAAGGUUUCCCAGUCCGACUCUUCCAACGGGUAUGGUGAUCGGAAACACGAUGCGCCGGAAGAAAAGUGGCUCACAGAACUUGACCUUUACGAGAAGUUUCUGGACCAGGCGAACGAGCCAUCGGAUGAAGAGAGUAUACCCUUAGUGAGUCCACUCAUGGGGAUGUUAAUUGAAGGUCGCCUAGGAAGAAGAAGGCUAUUGGACGAACAAAGGCGAUGGCAUCAUGCGGCUGAGAAUAAUGAUUUCGACAAUGAGAAGGGUGACUCAGACGCAAAGUCCAAUGCAGCAUCCCCUAUGAAAACUUCACAGCAACAUUCCCCUUCUCCUUAUGUAACUUCCAUCAUCACCACCACCGCGCGAAGGACUCUCCCCGAUGGCUCUGUCCAGACUACCAUCACUCGAAAGAAGCGGUUUUCUGACCAAACAGAAGAAAACAAUGAAACAGUUCACGUGGAGAAGGCUGACGAAUUGCCGUCACAAAGCGAGAACAACAAACCACAGAGCCUUGGACAGACUAAUGAUCAUGGUGGCCAGAAGAAGGGUGGCUGGUUCUGGAAGGAUUAA